AUGCGGUUCCUGAGAGCGCUUUUGCUGCCUAUUCUUUUCUUCAAUGUCACAUCUGCCGACUUCACAAGCGACACGGUUGCUGCCAUUCAAACACUACAGAAAAACUGGUACAACUUUGGUAACGGCUUAUGGAACGAGUUCUGGUGGCAGUCGGGCAAUAUUGUUGAAGCCAUCGCUCAGUUUGGCAUGCAAGAUGCUGAUUUCAAGCCAACUGCCAUAAACAUUGUUGCCAAUACCUACGCCAAAUCGGCAAACGAAAAGGGGGCAGUCAAAUGGACCAACAAAUUCUUCGACGAUAUGGGAUGGUGGGCCAUGGCCUGGAUAACCGCAUACGACCUGACCCAGGAUCAGAAGUAUCUCGACAGCGCCAAGUUUAUUUUCGACAACAUGACGACGGGGUGGAAUACGCCCUGCAAGGGUGGCAUAUGGUGGUCAGAGGACCGCGACUACAUUGCCGCCAUUGCGAAUGAACUCUUCCUCUCGGUGGCGGCACACCUUGCGAACCGCGUUGCCGCAAAGGACAAACAGUACUACGUCGGCUGGGCGCAAGCAGAAUGGCAAUGGUUCAAGAACUCGGGCCUCAUCAACGCGCAGGGACUGAUCAACGACGGAAUCGACCCGAAGACGUGCAAAAAUAACAACGGGGCAACCUUUACCUACAACCAAGGCAUCAUCCUCGCCGGCCUGUCUGAGCUUUCGCGUGCUACAUCUGAUGGUGGUCUCAUCGACUCGGCCUACGCCAUCUUCGACGCCGUGACGAAACACCUGGUCGAUCCUAGUGGUAUUCUUACCGAACCCCGCGCCUCGCCUCUGGACCCCGUCGCCUCGCAGUUCAAGGGGGCUUUUGUGCGAGGCCUGAUGACGCUGUAUGAGAACAAGCCGCGAGACAGUGUCAAGCAGUUCUUCAUGAUCAACGCCAACGCCGCGCGGUCCGCACAAAAGGCCACGGGCAACGUUAUUCCCGACCGCUGGCAGGGCGGCAGUAACGAUGGCAACCCGAGCACGCAGGCCAGCGGCAUUGACAUCCUGCUGGCUGCGGCCUUUGUUAGUGAGCGCUAG